AUGCCAAAACAGAAGGAUGCGGAGCUCAAGCCGCUCGCACUGUUUCGAAGAGCAGGCGGAGAGGAUGCAAGGAAGGCGAGGGUCAGCUUGCAUGGUGCUGUGAAUGACGAUCGAGCCAAGCACGAGCAGGUUUGGCAACUCGACGCUCCGCAAGAUCAGAGCUCCUUUGAGCUCUCGCCUGCGGACACUUGGGCUGCCCUGUAUGCCUUCUGGAUCCGCAACGACUUCAACGAGCGUUUGCCUGUUGAGCUCGGCACGAAGUUGUCCAACCGAGACCACAUUCUGGCGUAUCUCACGCACACUGGUUUGGGAUUUCGAGCCCCCGAUGCAGUUGGGCGGUAUGAGCUACUAUGGGAUCGCAGCGCCUUCUGGCAAGGUGCCGGUGCACCUCUCGGGCGAUCGUGGCUUCAAGCGCCCCUUCCAGCAGCAGAUGCAUUCGGGCCACUCACCAGCACUUCAUUUCCGCACACGCUCUCCUUUACAAAGUCGGACAACCCGCCAGUUCUGACUGCCCAUCCUCUGCGUCCACCCAAACCAGCACCGGGAAGCAUCGUCUACUCUCGCUACAUUCACAGCGUCAAGCAGCACCUCACCUUGACCCACAUCAACCCUGACGAUCCCAAGCACUUCGAAGCUUAUUGCAGGUGGCAGAAUUCGGAUCAUGUCAACAAGGGCUGGAGGGAAAGAGGUUCGGAGGAUUAUCAUAGACAGUAUCAUAAAGGACGUCUUGCUGAUCCUCAUAUCAUGGGCUACAUUCUGUCUUGGGACGGCGAGCCUGCCGGAUAUGGCGAAGCCUCAUUCAACAAGGAAGAUGGCAUGGCAGCAUUUGUAGGCGGCAUGGGCGAUUACGAUCAAGGUACCCACCUACUGAUCGGCGAGUCCAAAUUCCGAGGACGUCAUCGAUUCGCCUCUUCCAUGGUCAGCAUGAAGCAUUUUUGUUUCCUGCGAGAAUCCAGGACGCACAUCGUGAUUGGAGAACCGCGAUUCGAUCUGCCGAUCAUUCCUUUGCUGGCUCAGCAUUUGCCGCAAUCGUGGCGCAGAGAGGUGGAGUUGCCGCAUAAAAGGGCUGUAUUGUUCCUGCUACACCGCGACCGCUUCUUUGAUGCCGGACCUUCUGGUGGCAUCUUCUACUGA